UCCUCUGGGACCGUGGGCAAUGUCGCAGAGGCCAAUCUCACUCGUAGCAUCAGUACUCCUGCGGAGAUUGAAAAUGACGUGACGGCGUCUACUUCUGACCAUGUCAACGCCUCUCCUUCCAACCACAUUGAUGCCUCUCCCUCUGCACUGGUCGAUUCAGCUCACACUUCUUCCGACGAUUUUGGUGCCUCUCCUCCUGCAACCGGCGUUGGACCCCUCGUCGAGCCUACCCCUUCCUUUAAGCCAGCUCACACUUCCGACGAUUUUGGUGGCUCUCCUCCUGCAAUCGGCGUUGGACCCCUCAUCAAGCCUACCCCUUCUGCGUCAUCAAUUGCCUCUGAGUCUGAAACUCCUGCCAUGUACAAGGUCUCGACUUCAACACAACCUUCAACUCCGACCUCAACAGUUUCGCAAAUGGACGUCGACAGUGACGUUAGAGAUACCACCGACACUGCGACGCCUCUGCCGGCCUGGCUGCAUAAUGUGAAUAUGUCAGAUUACCUGCACGGGGUUUCGAAGGAGAAAGCCUGGCAAGAUCUCAUAACCUCUCUCUUCAAGUUCGAAGCCUUAAAUCCAACUACCGGCAAACUGCCAACCACUUCGCGUCCUGAUGAAGUAGCGGCGUGGAUCAGGAGUAAGAAGAAGGACUCGCCGCCCGAAAUCGACGCCGACGAGUUUGGUUCUUCGUUCAUGGCUUGGUGGAUUGCCAUCCAACCACAGUGGAGACUCACCGACGAUGCCACUUUCAUCUAUGAUGUCCCGGAUGGUGAAGACUGGCGUCUACUACAUAAAGGUGGAUCAGCUGGGCUCUACACGGUCGUAGUAGCUCUGUCAUGGUGGGGGGCAUUACCUGCUGAACCUCUCUCUUUGCGUGCAUGGUCGGCGGUGCGUGAUGUCCGGUGGGUCAUUGAUCAGGUCUACAAGAAGGCUUUGUCUAGCUCUCAGGGGACAAAGCGAGGUCGUGACGAUGGCACCGUUGAUGCUACACAGUCAGCUAAGGCCAAGAGGCAUCGUUCGGGUUAA